UAUAAAUCAGGAAAUGCUCCACAAGCAUCAGAAUCUUCUCUGUCAUUGAGAAGUAAAAUAUCUGAACUCAUGACAUUGGCACUGGAAACUUACAGGAAGAAAUCCAUCUUCUUCUGGAUUCAAUUAACUAUAAGUAGCAGCUUUAUGCUUUCUGCUUUUCCAGCUUCAAGUAUUCUAUCUCGUCUAUACUAUAACAAUGGUGGAAAAAGUAAAUGGAUUAUUUCCUGGGUGGCUGUUGCAGGAUGGCCUUUAACCGCGAUCUUCCUGACCCCUAUCUACAUUUUCGGCAAUAGAUCGCCGUCGCCGCUAACCCUAAAGCUCUUCCUGUCGUAUAUUUUGUUGGGCUUCCUCAGUGCUGCUGACAACCUCAUGUAUGCCUGGGCUUAUGCUUACCUCCCAGCCUCCACAGCAUCUCUUUUGGCUGCUACUUCUCUAGCAUUUUCUGCUCUUUUUGGCUAUCUCAUUGUAAAGAACCAAAUAAACCUUUCUUCCUUGAAUGCCAUUAUCCUCAUCACCGCCGGCGCCGCUAUAAUUGCACUCGAUUCCGAUUCCGAUAGGUAUCCAGGCAUCAGCAACUCCCAAUACACCCUUGGAUUCAUCUGGGACAUUUUGGGCUCUGCUCUCCAUGGCUUGAUUUUUGCAUUAUCAGAGCUUCUCUUUGUGAAAAUUCUUGGUAGAAGAUCUUUCCAUGUUGUGCUUGAACAGCAAUUGAUGGUUUCCUUUUGUGCAUUUGUGUUCACCACCAUUGGUGUGGCUGUGAACAAAGACUUUUAUGAAAUGAAAAUGGAAGCAAAGAGCUUUAAGACAGGACAGAUUUCAUAUUACAUGGUGCUGGUUUGGUCUGCUAUUACAUUUCAGCUUGGAGUUUUAGGAGGAACUGCUGUUCUUUUUCUAGCUUCUACACUGCUUGCAGGUGUUCUUAAUGCAGUGAGGGUGCCAAUUACUAGCAUUGCAGCAGUAAUAUUUUUACAUGACCCAAUGGGUGGAUUCAAGAUUUUGUCCUUAAUACUAACUGUUUGGGGAUUUGGAUCUUAUAUUGUGGGUCAUAUUACACUGGGAAAAGUUUCUUGAGCAA